AUGACAAGACCGGCCUCCACUGCCCUCGGAUUCCACACACAUCGGAGCCAAUCACCAGCACUGUGCACGCCGAGUGCUGGCAUCGUGCCAACGAGAGCGUUCACUGUUGUCCACCAUGACUACGCAAACGCCGUCAAGGAGGAGCCACUGUUCUAUAUCCUCACCACCAUCCGCCUCCGCAACUCGGCGCAGCUUACCCACAACGGCUAUGCAACUCUAAACUCGGAUUUUGACUCCUUCUACACUCGCCAUCUCGAGGCUCGCAUGGAGGACUGCUUCUGCCAACCUAACAACUGGACCCAGAUCUACACCGACACCAAGACCGGCGUGCUCAACAUCUCGUCAUACAAUUACCUUGGUUUUGCCCAAGCACGCGGUGGCUGCGCCGACGCCAUUGAAGAGUCCAUCAAGCGGUUUGGCAUCUCGACCUGCGGUUCGCGCCUCCAGGGCGCCACCGGGGAGCUGCACGGUGUCGUGGAGGCGCUUGUCGCCAACUCGAUGAGUUUCGCCACCAAUUCCACCUUCAUUGCCGCUCUCGUGGGCAAGGGCUGUCUUGUCAUCUCGGACGAGCUCAACCACGCGUCAAUCCGUACGGGUGUGCGUCAGAGCAGCGCGCAGCUCCGGAUGUUCAAGCAUAACGACAUGGAGAACCUCGAGAACCUGCUUCGGGACGUCAUCAGCCAGGGCCAACCGCGUACGCACCGUCCAUGGAGGAAAAUUCUGAUCAUCGUCGAGGGUCUUUAUUCGAUGGAGGGAACGCUGGUCAAUUUGCUGAGGAUCAUCGAGCUGAAGAAGAAGUACAAGUUCUACCUCUUAAUUGACGAAGCCCACUCCAUCGGCGUUCUCAGUCCCCAUGAUCGUGGAGUCUGCGACUACUUUGGUAUUAAUCCCCGCGACGUCGACGUUCUCAUGGGCACCUUUACCAAGUCUUUCGGCGCCACAGGUGGCUUCGUCGCUGGCCCCAAGUCCCUCAUUGACGCUCUCCGCCCGCGUGGUCAGAGCGGCACCUAUGCCGAGUCGAUGAUCCCGCCUGUCCUCACCCAGGUCGUGGCAAGCAUCAUGGGUGUCGCCCCUCCUACCUCGCAGUCGUCGAAGUCUGGUGUUAUGUCCACACCGUCGUCAAUGUCUACCCUCCGUGGUUACAUCGAGUCCGAGGAGCACCCCGGCCCUGCGCCUGCGUCUGCCAUCCCGGCGUGGCUCUCACUUCCGCAUCACUUGCAGGACGGCAGCGAAGGUCGCACGCGCCUUCGUCACCUCGCGUUCAACUCGCGUUACCUCCACGCCGGCCUCUCGAAGCUCGGCGCUGCGCACACGAAGGAGGAUAUCGAUGUUGUGCUCCAGGCAUGCGACGAGAUUGGGGAUGUUCUUGAUCUGAAGCAUUUGCAUGGCGAGCGGUGGGCUGUCGAUGAGAUCUGCAGGAGGAGUGUCGAGCUGGUGGAGGGUAUUGCGGCUGUGCAGGCUGCGUGA